ACCGCCAGUCUCUUUCUCUCCUUCCUUCCUCUCAUGGCGGGUCUCCACUCCUCUUCUUCUUCUUCCUUUCAGACCUUGGCUUCCCGCCUCCUCCUCCUCCUGACCGUCCUCCCUCUGACCCUCGCCGUCUUCGCCUUCUUCCUCCAAUGGCGCGGCGGCCUCACCGAUCCCCUCACCCGCUGGUCACCUGACCACCACCAAUUCCCCGGCAUGGCCGGCCUCCUCGACCACUCCUCCUCCGACUGCCUCGGUCCCCUCGCCCGCACCCACUCCCCCUCCUUCCCUUACUAUCGCGACUGGGAGUUUGAUUUCUCUGCCUCCGACCUCACCCCCAAGAUAUGUAUUCAAACUAGCACUUCUGCUGGGUUAGAACAAACUUUGCCGUGGAUCUAUUAUCAUAAAGUUAUAGGAGUUUCAAACUUUCUCCUUUUUGUGGAAGGGAAGGCUGCAUCUCCAAAUGUAUCUAAAGUUCUAGAAACCAUUCCAGGAGUGAAGGUUAUACACAGGACAAGGGAACUAGAGGAGCAGCAAGCUAAAAGCCGGAUUUGGAACGAGACUUGGCUGUCAAGCUUCUUCUAUAAACCAUGUAAUUAUGAGUUGUUUGUCAAGCAAUCCCUUAACAUGGAGAUGGCUAUUGUCAUGGCAAGGGAAGCUGGAAUGGAUUGGAUUAUCCAUCUUGACACUGAUGAGCUAAUAUAUCCAGCUGGCGCUCGAGAGUAUUCUUUGAGACAAUUGUUGUCCGAUGUGCCUGGAGAUGCCGAUGCGGUCAUCUUUCCAAAUUAUGAAAGCAGUGUAGAGCGAGACGAUAUAAAGGAACCUUUUAGUGAGGUUUCAAUGUUCAAGAAGAACUAUGACCAUCUUCCAAAAGAUGUAUAUUUUGGCAAUUACAAAGAAGCAACCCGGGGUAAUCCAAACUAUUUCUUAACAUACGGAAAUGGAAAAUCAGCUGCUCGAAUUCAGGAUCACCUCCGUCCUAAUGGUGCACACAGAUGGCACAACUAUAUGAAGACACCAAAUGAGAUCAAAUUGGAGGAAGCUGCAAUUCUUCAUUAUACAUAUCCCAAAUUUUCAGAUUUGACCUCUAGACGCGAUCGGUGUGGUUGCAAACCUACGAAAGAGGAUGUUAAAAGAUGCUUUAUGUUGGAAUUCGACAGAGCUGCAUUCAUAAUUGCUUCAACUGCAACACAGGACGAAAUGCUUAGCUGGUACCGGGAGCGCAUUGUGUGGACUGACAAGUCACUGAACUUGAAAUUAUCGAGGAAGGGCAUCUUGACUCGGAUUUACGCACCAAUGUCCAUCAUACAAGGUUUGAAGGAAUCUGGUGUAUUCAGCUCCUUAAUUGCAUCAGCUGCACAAGCAACUCUCUCAAAAGAUCAAUUCUUGUCAUCUGUCGAGAGUAGCAACUCCUCAAGGGAAACAACAUCUGGAGCAAUUACUUCCAGGAAGAUUGGUAAAACAAUUGAUUCUCAAGCAACUGCAAGAAAGGUCUUGGAAUUCACAGGCGACACUUUUAACCCUUUGGCAGUUGCACCAUUGCCUCCACCUGGCUUGGAUGACUUACCAUCUGAAACACAAAUGUUUACUGAAUCACAAUGACGUAGCCGCUUCGGAACUCCAUCUUCCUUUGUGAUCAAGCAUUGGGAGAAAUGAAAUUUUGUAGAAGAGAAACGUGAGGGACUGAAAGAAGCCGGUUUUCGGCUUUUGAGACUGGUGAUUGCACCUAUCAUUUCAUGGGAGUAUUCCCAACCGUUGCCCAAGCAUUGGUGUACAUUACGAUUUAGUUUAGAGAUUUUGCGGAGUUAGAUGAUAGAGGUGGAGUUCGGUUGCUGGUUCUUAAUUCUUUCAACUUGGUAGGCUAUAUUUAUUGCCUGCGUCUAUAAACCCAUUCUUUUGCCCAUCAUACUUGUUUAUACACAUUAGACGGGAUAAAAACUACGGUGUUCUUUCCUAUACAGAGAAGUGGUUUACUCAUAAUUGAAAAUGCCUUCCAGAUUCAAAGAGUCAAUGAUCCGAUGAAAUAGUUGUAAAAGAGAAUAAAAGAAAUGGUUGAAGUGUGUUGUUAUUG